AUGAAUAAAAUCAAGGCUUUAUUCAGCAAGAAGGAUAUGGAAACUGUGAGUGUGAAAGAAGUCGACGAAAUCAGACAGGAAGAGGUAAUCAAAGAGAUGGUGCCUCGUUUUAAAGAACAGUUUGAAUUGAAUGAUUACAAGUUAUUGUGUAAGGUUGGAGAAGGAGCAUUCUCCAAAGUGUACAAAGCCGUUCCUUUGAACACCACGAUUGCGAAGAAUCAUAAGCAUGUGGCAGUGAAGAUAAUAAACAAGGAUAAUUUGCAUGAAAAGGAACAGAAAGAGGAUAGUAAUGUUGGGAAGACCACCACGAGACAGCAAGUUUUGAAAGAGGUCAGUAUACACAAGUUAAUCUCGUCCAAUUGUGAGAAUAUAGUGCAAUUUAUUGAAUUCAAAGAAACAAGAUCAAAUUAUUAUAUUGUUCAAGAAUUGUUAGAUGGUGGGGAAAUUUUUAACGAAAUCGUUAAAUAUACUUAUUUCAGUGAAGAUUUAUGUCGACAUGUGAUAAGACAAUUGGGGUUGGCAAUUAGACAUCUACAUUCUAUGGGCGUAGUGCAUAGGGAUAUUAAACCGGAAAAUCUAUUGUUCAAUCCGAUAGCGUAUCAACCGAAUGAAACGCCGAAGUUGCGGAAGAGUGAUGAUCCAAACACUAAAGUCGAUGAAGGUGUUUUCAUCCCACAUGUGGGUGGAGGUAGUAUUGGGAUUGUAAAACUUGCAGAUUUUGGUCUUUCCAAACAAAUAUUUCAAACCAACACUAUGACACCGUGUGGUACGGUCGGGUAUACGGCGCCAGAAGUCGUAAAGGAUGAGAAUUACUCGAUGAAAGUGGACAUGUGGGGCGUCGGUUGUGUUCUCUAUACCAUGCUUUGUGGAUUCCCACCAUUUUUUGAUGAUAAAAUUGAUGUCCUGACCGAAAAGAUAAGUAAGGGACAAUAUACUUUUUUGAAACCAUGGUGGGACGAGAUUAGUGACGGCGCUAAAAGAUGUGUGAGAAAAUUGCUAGAAGUUGAUCCUCAUAGGAGAUAUGACAUUGAGCAAUUUUUACAAGAUCCUUGGUUGAAUUCGUUUGAUUGUGAAAAAGUGGCACAACAGGUGCAAAGAAAAAAAAGCAGGGCGCAUGCAAGAAUGCCGCCACAUGUGGAUACAUCACUCUUAUACUCUCCAGCCGCUGUGGCGAUGAGAGAUGCCUUUGAUAUCAGUAAUGCAGUACAGAGAAUAGAGCAAGAAAAGAAAAGGAAUCUGUUGACAUCGCUAAAUGAAGACUCCGAACUUUUAGGUUUCACAGCAACGACAGGUCUUGACGAUAGGAUGUUCCAGCUGCGACUCAAUUCCUCCACAAUUGUGAAGAGAAGAAAGCACAAGCAAGAAUUGUUAGCGAACAAGUGA